AUGGAGAAAAGGCAAGAAACUGCUGAAGAAAUAUGUGGGUACGAGUGUAACGACUCUGCAGACACAUUUCCUUCGAAAUUCAAUUUGCUGAGUUUGUUGAUUAAAGAUGUGACAUGGCGGUCUAACCAACUCCAAUUACCCUCUCCCGAGUUAUAUAAGGCGUUGAACCUUUCAAAAACUAUUUCUACACCACUCGACACAAAGGAUAUCAAAGAACGACAGAAUGAAGAACACCCAGUCGACCUCCCUGAGGCACUUUUGUCGGAAUACUUUGGGGGUGACUUGGGAAUGCUCGAUAACAAAAUUUUGUCAAUUCCGAACGUUAUCGAAGUUGCACUCCAAAUCAAACCCGCCCCUUCCCAAGUCACAAAAAUCAUUUCGUUGCAACCAGAAGCUUUACGAGUGAGCCAACUACAAACUCUCGAAAACAAGAAGGACGACACCUAUGUGUCGCUUCUCAAAAAGAUCCUUCAAGAAUCCAACUUGAUGACAAAACAGACGGAGGUCCAGAACGAAGUGUUCAAAGGAAAAGUCGAGGAACCAUGUCUAGUCAUUUUCAAUACUAGAAACCCAAGAAUGGAAAUCGUCAAUACCGACCUUACAAGUAAAGGAUUGCCGAAUUUGCCAAUACACGGAAUUAUCGACUGGGUCGUCGAGAAAGGCGGGAAUGAAUUUUUGAAAAGACGAUAUCUCCUGCUGUGUUAUAUCAAAACCUUUGAUAUCGACGACUUCACACAAAUUGCUUUGGCGUCUUUGGAUAAGGCACACACAGCACGGAGGUGCAUCAUAUUUUCCGAUUUGGCGGAACUUCAUAUGCUCGACAUUCAAGUCAUUCUCUCUAAGAUCUUCACCUCACCCCCAGAGAAUAUGCCCGUCAUUCUUAGGAACUUGUACUCCACCAACAAGUUUGUUCAAAAUAGAAAGGUUUAUAUGACGAAUAUGAUAGUAGAGAGUAUCAUGGAAGAGGAGGACGACGCGACAGAAGAGGAGACCAAAGAAGAGACAAAGAAGAAGACAAAGAAGCGGACAAAGAAGUCAAAAAAGACAAAAGCGAAGAAAGUUUCUGAAGAGAAGAAGCGCCUAGAGAAGAUCAAAGAGAAGGAAUUGGAGAAGACGCGACGGAUCGAAGAGUUUGGGAAGAGUGAAGAGGAGGCUGCGGAUACUGAGCUCGCUGAUGUCUGUAAAACAUGUCAAUCGAUCUUUAAAGAGUACUUAGCUCACAUCCAUGAGAAUAAGAACACAGAGUGUCCGAUUAAUGAGUUAUUAGAAAAGAAAGAUUGGUAUCAUGCGGUCAGUAUUAGUGUCAAAGUACUUCACCCAGCCCUUGUAAGAAAAGGUGUAUGUGAUGUCUUAACAAUCCUCGAUGCCUUAAUAAAGAACGUCAAAGAAGUCUAUCACCACCCUCAAAUCACAAAUUUGGCGAUUUGCUGUUACUCGAUAAUACGGGCUAAUGGAGUGGACAGCACUCUGAAACAGAAAAGUGUCAUGUUUUUGGCACUUCUUUCAGACUAUAUUGAACACCCAGUUGGUGUUUUACUUCGAGUCAAAAAGGAGAUGAAGAGCCGAAGACAACAAAUUAGUGAGAUAGUAACAGACGUUGAGAUAAAGAUAGACAAAGACACUUGUGUUGGAGAGUUCACGAAAUAUAAGGAAGACGUGAGCAAAAUCACUGAUGAAAAUAUACGAGGAAAAGUUGUCUUAAAUGUUCUUAUCUGUAACAUUAACAAAGACGUUGGGGACUAUGUCAAGUUGAUUGAAGAGAGCUGCAAAUGUGUUCCGAACAUCCCCCUUCCGAUCAUGUUUUGUAAAAGUGUUGUGAUGAAUGGAAUUGCCAAUGCCACGGUCAUGCAAGUCAUGAUCAACAUGAUAGCAACGGGCAUUGUCGAAAUGGGAACCAUUUUAAAACAUUUUAUUACGCCGAUUCUGAAGAGCGCUGUCGCAUCGAAAGACCGCGAAAAGGUCAAAUUUGUGUUUUCUGGGAUGUCUGAAAUGAUGUUGAUGGUAGAUUUUAAUGGAGAAAGGAUUUGGGAUGUGCGGAUGUCACAUGAAGUCCUGAGUUUAACACUUGUUGGGCUUGAUAUGCUCGAGGAAAGCGAAAUUGGGUGUUUGUUUGUUGACUCUUUUGGAGGGAAUUUCAACGAACUAGCCACUGUAGACAGAAGGAAAAUUGGCGAUGAACUUGCGAAGGUCAGUUACAAGAAAGUGCUCAGCGGGCUCUUGUGGAAACCAAAUGGUAUUGUGAAAGGGCCAUUGGACGUUGGGUAUUUGACGAAGUGUGAGGUGUCGACACUCUCGUUGAUGUUAAAUGUAUUAGAUGAAAAGUUGUUAGUCGACUCACUUAUGUAUAUAACACUUACUACGGAAUACACAGCAGACGAUUUUAACACUAUAUUGGAGUCACUUGAUACAAAGGUAUUUUCGUCCGAAAUCUUUGUGAAGACGUUUGUUGCAAUACUCGACUAUCUUGCCGAACAAAGUGCGAUCUAUGAUGAAAACAUGACUAUGAAAGAGUUUCUUGUUGUGAAGUUGAAUGAGUGGUAUAAAAACAAAUCACAAAUUAAUCUUGAGUGUAAGGAAAUAUGUGCCGAAGGGUUUGUGCAAAUCAUUCAUCAUCUCUUCAUGUACAUCCAGAACACAGAAAUGCUACAGAAAUUUGUUUCAUUUUCAUCAUCGAAUUACGUGCAAAAGAAUGACCUUCCAAUGUUCUUGAAGUUGUUCACAACGUUAUCGAAGAAUGUGAGUAGUGUAGAAGACAUAACAAUACUCAUAGGGGGUGUUGAGGGGUGUUUAUUGAAAUUUGAAAUACCAAUCAGUGUUGUGGAUUUGUCGUUUAUUGAAAGCAUUACAGACACACUACUAUUACUGCUGACGACAGCACUUCGCGUUGAAAACGGUGCAAGUGCAGUGUUAGGGUUCAAACAAUUUAUUCAACAGUCUGUCCUCCCACAGUCAUUCAAGAGGUUUUUGGUGUCGAAGGUUGCUAUGCUGGGGUUUGGGGACAGAAGCGAGAAGAAGAUGGAAGAGACGCAAACGCAAUUUUUCGCAAAGCAGCAGCCAACUUAUGCAAACUUGCUUUGUGUUCCAUCUGUCGUACAUUUUAAAGCGUCUCAUUGA